AACAGAUUGUAAUGCCGCAGUUUUGCAUUAUUUCAAUAAGUAUAUUUCAAGAAGAAAUUAGUAUUGAAGGAAAAUAAAAACAAAAUGAAAUUUGUAUUUGUGAAUAUUGUAACACUGGCGAUUGUCCUGGCAUGCCACACAUUGGGAGUGCAGAGUAAUAUUGUUGUUAUGCCGGAGGCUAUGUAUACCAAAUCGAAUCCUGGCGCCAAAGUGGAAAAUUACGUCCUGCAACAUCAACGUCAAUUCGAGGAUCACAUCAAACAUUUGGAAGAUCAGCUAGAAGAUAUGCGUAGUAAUUUCAACAUGCGUCUGGAUGUGGUGGAAUAUUACAAUGUGGUGGUGGAUGUAAAAUUGGGAGAUUUGCAAAACAAAUUGGAUCCCAUGGAAAUGUUGGGUGAUGUCAAUGAUUAUUGCGUGGAGAAGUACCGUGGUAAAAUACCCGCAGAAGGUACAAUUAAGGAGACACUGAAGACUUGCAUUAACAAGGCGAAGACAUCUUUUACGCCGCUGCUGACCAGCGCCGAGAACACAUUGAAAAAUAUUAAAAAUCACUACAACAAUCAAUUCACCAAUGCCAUGAAGGAAUGCAAACGGAAGUUUGAGAAAAAUGAAUCGAAAUAUCAAAAUUGUGCUGCUACGGGGAUCAAAACCACCAGUAACUACUUUACCACCAACACCAAUACCUUCAUCAAUCAAAUGACUUCCGCUGAGUGCAGUGCUAAUACAAAAAUUGAUGAGGCCUUUGACUGCUAUUCGACAAGUGUCUAUCAGACCUUUACUUCAAUCGGUGAAGUUACGGGCCUGAUAGAAAAUUGCGUUGCUGGUCAUGAAUUCUGUCCGCCAUGUGAGAAUGAAGAUUUGAAUGCCAUCAAGGGAAGGUGUCCCUACCAAAUGGCAUGGCAUUUGGCCGAUGAUGAUUUGACGGGUGAGAGAAUUGUAAAUCCCUUUAAGGGUAUUAACAGUACAACGCCAUGUUUACAAAUUAAUUUUAUAACAAGAAAUUUUAAUGUGAAAUUGAAUUAAAUUAGAGAGGAAUUUGUAUUACGCGAAACUAAGAUAAUAAAAAAACUAUAUUUG